UCUUUGUGCAUUUCCAGGAUGAAAGUGCCUCAUAAGAAUAGGCCUAAAGCCCGAUUCUCCUAGACUCUUGCAUUCUUUCGUUAAAUUAAAAAAUAUAAGAAUAUGGGAGCAUUCCUAGAAAAACCUAAAACAGACAAGCACAAUGAGGAUGGAAGGGGAAAUGGCUUGGCAUAUGGACUGGCAUCAAUGCAAGGUUGGAGAGUUGAGAUGGAGGAUGCCCAUUGUGCAGUUCCUGGCUUGCCUGGGAGCCUGAAAAACUGGUCUUUCUUUGCUGUCUUUGAUGGCCAUGCUGGUUCAGGAGUGUCAGCUCACUGUGCUGCACAUCUACUUGAUUACAUCAUGGGGACAGAAGAUUUCCGGAAAGGUACUGAAGACAAUUCUGCUGAGGGAGUAGCAUCUGGAAUCAGAUCAGGCUUCCUGAGUCUUGAUGAAAGCAUGAAGGAGGUCCCAGAAAUUGCAAGUGGAGAAGACAAAUCUGGAACCACUGCUGUCUGUGCUUUGGUUUCCGAGAAGCAUGUAUACAUAGCAAAUUGUGGCGAUUCACGUGCUGUCCUUGCGAGAGCAGCGCGUGUUGCAUUCUCUACUCAAGACCAUAAACCUGUGAACCCGGUGGAGAAGGAACGCAUUCAGAAUGCAGGUGGAAGUGUGAUGAUUUCUCGUGUGAAUGGAUCACUUGCAGUCUCCAGGGCUUUGGGUGACUAUGAUUACAAACAGGUUGAAGGGAAAGGCCCUUGUGAACAGUUGGUGUCACCUGAACCUGAAAUCUUUGUGGAACCAAGAUAUGAAGGCGAUGAAUUUCUCAUACUCGCCUGUGAUGGUAUUUGGGAUGUGAUGGAUAAUGAGGAUUUAUGUGACUUCAUUCGAGAUAGACUACAAGUGACAGAAAACCUUUCUGAUGUCUGCAACCAGGUCGUUGAUGCAUGUCUUAACAAGGGGAGCAGAGACAAUAUGAGUAUUAUCCUAGUCACGUUCCCCGGUGCUCCUCAACCAAAUCCGGAAGCAAUCAAGAAAGAUCAGCAUCUCAAUGAGGUUCUGGAAAAGCGAGUUGAAGAAAUUCUGAAGGAUGAUCCAGAUGCUGACUUGCAAAUGGUGAUAGAUGUCCUUCAGGGUGAUGAGAACCUCCCAGGUCUCCCACGUGGUGCUGGACUGAGUGCUAAGCAUGAAAUCAUCGAGAAAACCUUCAAAAAAUUGAAACCAGAACCGGAUGAAGAUGAUGAAGAAGAAAAAGAAGUGAAUGAGGCCCUUGAGAAGAGACUGGCAGAGAUUGUAAAGGAAAAUCCAGAUGCUGACAUUCAAGUUGUCAUGUACCUGCUUCAAAAUGAUGAACACAUCACAGACUUACUGCCUGGACACAAACUAAAUUCCAAGAGUUCUGAGGUUGGCUGGACUGCCUCUGUCUAUCAAGAUGGAGCUGCAAGACUCAGAGCACUAGGGAAUAAUGAGUGGCUUGAAUUUUCACUCACUCCCCAGCCUCCAUACCAUGUGGUGCACGUGAGCACCUUUGUUUUAAGGAACAAGAAGAAGCAUCGAAAGCUGUGGUCGAAAGAUGAAGAGGAAGAAGUGACCUUGACUACAUUUGUCCUGGGGAGCAAGGAGGGAUGGUUUGAUAAGGAAUUUUGGGCCAAACUCCAAAUGGACUGGGACUUCAGACCAUCAACUGUGUAUCGAUGGUGGUGCAAUCGCCAGUACCAGCUCAUGGUUUCUGAUCAGAUGUUCAUUGAGGAGAGACAUGUGACCUUGGGCUAUGAGCUUGGUGCAGCCCAUUUCUUAGUGCAUCGUUUUGGAGCAGUGAAAUUCAUAGGGCAAGAAAACUGGAUUGUACGUGAUGGGGAGAAAGGGAAUGACUAUCUUUCAUUGCCAAGUGUGUAUGAUCCUAAAUAUGUACUAGAAGCCAUUGAUGCAUCUGGAACAUCCCUCAUGUAUGAGGGUCUUCAGAAUAUGAUUGAAUUGAAGAAGCUCAAGUGGCUUAGUGUGGCCGACUGCAAAUAUAUAGAUGACUACUGUCUGGAUCGCAUUUCUGCUGAAUACAGAGAUACAUUGGAGUAUCUGGAUGUCAGUGGUUGUGAUCAAUUGACUGAAAGAGGUCUUUCUGCCAUAUACAGACUGAGAAAUCUCAAGGUCCUGUGUAUGAAAAAUUUGCCAAACGUGGAUCAUCUGCACCUGGUAUGUCUCAUGCUGGAAGAGAUGAAGCCACACCUGCAGAUUGAGGUUGAUGUUGACUACUUGGAUGUAGAAAUCCUUGAAAAUCCCCCCGAAUCAAAGUUCAAGUUCAUUGACGAUCCUGUUUGUGGAACUACCAGGAAAGCACGCAAGUAUCUUGUGCCCCCUCGUUACCUUCCUGCUGGUAGAAAGAAACAGGACAAUGAACAUGGCAACAUUCAAAAGGAACCCGCAGAACAAGAAAUGGGUUGUCCCCAUUCUUCUGACAGCUGA